GUCACUUGACCAUGACUGUUGGUGCUGACAUCACAAUGGUUAGGAGUGAUGACAUCACAAUGUGCCCAGUGGGUAUAAGGGCUGCUCACAGCUGCACUGUCAGAUUAGUGAUAUCUUUCAGCCAUGAAGUCACUAAUCCUCACUCUUGUGAUUUUUACCGGAUUUUUAUAUGAACGAGACAUCAAACAAGAUUCCAAGGAAUAUUCUUAUAGGGAAAUUGCAGGCUACACGGAGUCCUGGCCAGUUUGCCCCGUGCCAGCUGAAAGGGGCAGUUAUGCAGAGAGCAGCGAUGCCCCGUUGGUACAGGAGAAGCCCAGGCCCAUUGUGCUACUAAUCCCUCAGGAUAUAAGAUGUGAUGGCUUGCUGUGUCCCAUCCCUCCUAUAGAGAGUCAGCUCACUAACCCAGAGCUGAGCAGCGCCAUCCUUCAGGAGUUCCUCCCAAUUGCACCUUAUAUUGAGCCCCUCAUCAGAGAUACUGCGAAUGGAACGAGCGUGGGAGGAGUCCUUAUGGGCUUCUUGGUACCAGAACUCAUUGCCUAUCUACUGGAGUUCUGUUAUGGCCGCUGGUCCGGCAGAAAGAAGCCAGAAAAGGACAGAGACGAGGGCCCCGCUGGGAGAGAGAGCGAAGGGCCACAAAGUCCUGCUCCAACCCAUGAUAACAUGGAGGAAGAAGCAGGACUUAGUAGCAGAAAAAGCCAAAAGAGGGAGGAGCCUAGAAGCGCUAAGAUGAGGAAGAAGCGGCGCCAGUCUGAGGCUCAUGAACCCCGAGGGUCUCACUCAGAAAAGAGACCCCAGAAAACAAAGAGCAAUGGAACAAUGACGGGAGAAGAGGAGAAGGAAUUCAAGCAGCUUCUCCAACAGUUCCUCUGCCAAUGCUUGCAAGGAGAAUUCUGAGGAGGAGGUGGAGCCAUAGAGAGAAGUGGGUGGGAGGGAGGAGCUUCUCCAGGCUGUUCCUGCCCAGCAGGGCCACCAUCACAACAACAUUUUCUAGAAUAAGACUGUUACUGUUACUGAUUAGUAAUAAAAUAUUAAGAAUAAAAA